GUGGAGUGUUGCAAGGCAGCUCAAUUUCCUCAUAACCUGUUUUGUACGCUGAUCCGGGAUCCUCUCGGCGUUCAUUCGAUGGUUAUAUGAUGCCGCUCCUGUACUACAUUUGGCAGAGCUCAUGCUCACACCGCGCUCUGAUUUCCCAGCCGUCUUCUUAUACUUACGACUUAUUCGAUAUUCACGUCGCCAGCAUUGGAACAGCCACAGAUGCCUACUGCUAUAUUGCUUCCGCCUGAAAUAUUGGAUCUUUUUGCAGCAACAGCAAAUUCGAAUGAUUUGGCAAAUUUGCGUUUGACCAACAAGACCAUGAACAAUGCAGCCACACGACCAUUUGGGCUCGCUCGCCUUACCAAUCGUCGGUUCAUUAUUUCGCCUUUCAGCUUGAAGGGAUUGGUCGAGCUUACUGCACAUCCUGUCCUUGGACGAUGCCUCAAAUCCGUCAGCGUAGGCACAUACCGCAUCAAUGCGGAAUUUAAGGGCUGUCCCGAAGGAUCUGAGGAUACGCAAUACGACGCUGCUCAUCAUGCUGCUGUGACACAAUCUCGCUUUGAGAAGGCUGACUUGCACAUACAACUCUUGAUCGAAGCUCUCACAAACCUGAAAGCCCAUGGGGGCAGGGUAGUACUGAGACUUUUCGACGAUGUGGUUGAAGACCGCUUCCUGAGGUCUGAGAACCCUCCAAGAAGAAAUGGCCGUCUCGAUGGGCAUCUGGUACGACACGUUCACCGCAGAGCAUACGGGUUUGGCGAGCUCUAUGGGGAUUUGAAUCUGUCGAUAGUUGGAUCCCGUCAGCCGAAGCUCACACUGGAAGCUUUAGGAAUAGCCAUGCACUCCUCUGGGUGCAGCGGGGAUGGUCUGCUCUUCGAUUUUGGAAGGGGCCAUGGCGAGGCCACCCCAAUAGCUUGGGACAGUGGCUUUAACCAGGUGGUCAGAUUACUGGUCCACUCGGACCAUACACUCAUGCCAGCGAUCGACCUCGUCGUAAAGCUCUGCUCAGAUCCAGCAGAGUUACAGGGUCCUUGGCACGAUUCGUUAAUGGUACUUCGAAGUGAUCGAAGCAUGUUGCUCGUCAAUCAUUCGAUUAUGACCAUAGGGAUGGCAUCUGGCUCAACCCCCAAUAUCUAUCUGUUCCCAUACGGCGAUUUUACCAAUACACCGCACAGUGGUUCUGAAAAUAUCGUCUUGAGAAGGUGUGACGUGGACAUGGUGAUACAGCAGCAUUGGUUCCCAGCUCAUGUAAGAGCACUGAGACGUUUGGAGCUGCUAGAUGUCCAUAUCUUUGGUCAUGAUGGUACAGCGGAAGGUGGCAUUGUUGAUUUCUGGACAGCGCUGAGAGACACGCUGAAACUCGAAAUCCUGGUGCUCGGCGGUCUCACAUUCGAAUACGCAGCGCGAAGCCUUCGAGUUGUUGGCGUUGUGACUUUGCGAGGGCCAGAAAUCGAUGCUCGCUUGAAAGACCUGAUUGCAGUGACUGGAGUUUGGAUGCGAGACUCAACUGCACACGCCGGGACACUUAUGCUGGAGUAGUCUCGGAGUCUGCUCAAUGGUACAGACUGCUGCAACACAUCAAUCCAAUCCGCAUCCGCUCUAGCGACACCCAGUCUCCUUGCUUGUGUUUUGUUAAAUCUGUGUAUGAACACAGAUACAAUCAUGACAGGAUGGUCCUGAACAUCUCAGGAUGUAGCAAGUUGCGCAUCUAUCCACAAGCGGGUCUGGUUUGUCAUCAUCGAAGGCCGAAUGAGCAUCACUUGGAUUUGCGGAUGUCAAACCAUUCUUAUUAUUGGUCGUGGCUUUGAAUUUGGCCACACGAAAAGCUCUACA